AUGUUGUGGUUUCGUAACGAGGCUCUCAAGUUGCGGACCUACCCGCGUGUCAUCGAUUUUGAUAGGGCGGAGCUCUGGGGAUUUUGUCUCCCACGUUCGCUCCCUUUGUCAUUGCGGCUCUCGGGCCCAUCUCCGCCCAGCCCCAGACCUUGUUCUUAG